CGGCGUUGACCCAAAUAUCAUAUUCUCUUCCAUAUUCCAUUCUCUCUAGACCGUUGUGGCCAUGGUGUCGCUCACGGCAUCACAGGGCCUAGCCAUAGGCUUUGUCGGAGGCGCAGCGGCGACAGUUGUUCUCAUUGCCCUCGCCGCCUUCGUUUUCCUACGCACAAGCGACAUCUACGGCCUGGCGCAUUGGAAGCUCAAUAUCCGGACACCACUUCCUUCUAUGUGGAUGAAUGUGGGAUACUGGAAGAAGCAAGACGGCGAACGCAUCAUCCACUUCGACGAGGCAGCCGCCAACCUGCUCAAAGAAGUCGUGAGCACCGCAGGCCUCUUAGACCGCGACGCCGCCGCCCGCCGCUCCAAACGCAAUGAAGCACUCGCUAUCCUGGACCUUGGCUUCGGCUGCGGCGACCAAACCUGGGAACUCGCCCGCAUGGUCCGGUCCGGAGGCUGGCACGACUUCCGCUACGUCGGCCUCACUCUAAACGAGGCCCAGGUGCAGACGGCCUCACGCAAGAUCUGCCGCGAAAUAGCUACCUUGGACACCCAACUCGAACACCCUGACGAGACCACCACGACCGCUACCCCCACCACCCCCACAACUUCGUCCGGCCUGACCCUCCGUGUCGACGCAUUCCACCUCUUCCGCGCCGACGCCGCCCGCCCAACAACCUGGUCCCCUCGCGUCCGGGAAGCAGUCGACUCCCUAUCCGACGACGAAAACGGAAACGACCGCACCACCACCUCCCGGUGGCUCCUCGCCCUCGACUGCCUGUACCACUUCUCGCCCUCGCGCGGCCCCGUCUUCGAAUACGCCGCGCGCCGCCUCCACGCGAACCUCAUGGCCUUCGACCUGCUCCUCAGCGAGACCGCCCCGGCCCGGGACGUCUGGGCCGCCCGCGCCGUCGGCGUCUUCAUGGGCUGCCCGCUGCGCACGUUCGUCACCGAGGCCGAGUACCGCGACCAACUCGUCGCCUGCGGCUACGACGGGGAGUCGGCCACCAUCCGGGACGUCACAGACGACGUGUUCGCCGGGUUGGUGGCUUUCCUGGACCGGCAGGAGCGGGCGUUGGGACAGUACGGUAUUUCGUUGGGCGGGUUCAAGCUAGCUGCGAGAUUGUUCCGCUGGUUUGCCGAGUCGAGGGUUGUUAGAGCCGUUAUAGUCGUAGCUCAUCCCAAGGAGAAAUGAACGUAAUAUUGGCAUCUUCCCCAUGGUGACCACCUGGCGGCGUGCCUGGUACAUCUUUUCCCAACCCCUUUAAACACAUAAAGGUG